AUGAUCGUCCACCCACCACCACCAUCGCCAGCGACCCCUCCGCUGGCACCCCCACCACCCAACACGCGAACAACAAAUUCUCCACAAAGACACAGCUCCCACAGAUCACUGACCGUGUCCACUCAUCUUCUAGACCCAGCUAUCAUAAUGGCCGCUCCCGUUGCCCCUGGCGCUGUCGACCAGCUUGCCGCUGAUCUCGGCAACACUAGCCUCAACGGCGGUGAGAACCGCAAUGCCCCCGCCAUCGAUACCAACGUGGCUGCUGGCCAGUUCCAGAACGAGGACCAGGAGGGCGCCGGCCCUACCCCCAACUCGGCCGCUCCUCACCCCCAGUCCUCGGCCUCCCUCUACGUCGGCGAGCUGGACCCGUCUGUGACUGAGGCCAUGCUCUUCGAGCUCUUCUCCCAGAUCGGCUCCGUUGCCUCGAUUCGUGUCUGCCGCGACGCCGUCACUCGUCGCUCUCUCGGCUAUGCCUAUGUGAACUACAAUGCCACUGCCGACGGCGAGAAGGCCCUCGAGGACCUCAACUACACUCUCAUCAAGGGCCGCCCCUGCCGCAUCAUGUGGUCUCAGCGUGACCCUGCUCUGCGCAAGACUGGCCAGGGCAACGUCUUUAUUAAGAACCUUGAUGUCGCCAUCGACAACAAGGCGCUUCACGACACCUUCGCUGCUUUCGGUAACAUCCUGAGCUGCAAGGUCGCCCAGGACGAGAACGGCAACUCCAAGGGUUACGGUUUCGUUCACUACGAGACCGACGAGGCUGCCGCCAACGCCAUCAAGCACGUCAACGGCAUGCUUCUCAACGAGAAGAAGGUCUAUGUCGGCUACCACAUCCCCAAGAAGGAUCGCCAGAGCAAGUUUGAGGAGAUGAAGGCCAACUUCACCAACGUCUACGUCAAGAACAUCCCCGCCGAGGUCACCGACGAGGAGUUCCGUGAGCUCUUCGCCAAGUACGGCGAUGUCACCUCCUCCUCCCUUGCCCGCUCUGACGAAGGCAAGAGCCGUGGCUUUGGCUUUGUCAACUUCACUACUCACGAAGCUGCUUCCAAGGCUGUUGAGGAGCUCAACGGCAAGGAUUUCCGUGGUCAGGAGCUGUAUGUCGGCCGUGCCCAGAAGAAGCACGAGCGCGAGGAGGAGCUCCGCAGGUCUUAUGAGGCUGCUCGCCAGGAGAAGGCUAACAAAUACCAAGGCGUCAACCUCUACAUCAAGAACCUCGGAGAUGAUGUUGAUGAUGACAAGCUCCGCCAGAUGUUCUCCGAGUACGGCCCCAUCACCUCGGCCAAGGUCAUGCGCGACAGCGUAGUUGAGUCCGCCGCUGAGGAUGAGAAGGACAAGGAGAACAAGAAGGAGGACGAGGAGGAGAAGGAGGGCGAAACAGCCGAGAAGAAGGCCGAGACCAAGGAGAAGCGCAAGCUCGGCAAGAGCAAGGGCUUCGGUUUCGUCUGCUUCAGCAACCCCGACGAUGCCACCAAGGCCGUCACCGAGAUGAACCAACGCAUGAUUGACAACAAGCCCCUCUACGUCGCUCUCGCUCAGCGCAAGGAUGUUCGCAAGAGCCAGCUCGAGGCCAGCAUCCAGGCCCGCAACCAGCUCCGCAUGCAGCAGGCUGCCGCCCAGGCUGGUAUUCCUCAGCAGUUUAUGCAACAGCCAGUUUACUAUGCUCCCGGUCAGCAGCCUGGCUUUAUGCCCCCCGCCGGCGGCCGUGGCAUGCCCUUCGCUCAGGGAGCUAUGGGCAUCCCUCCCCAGGGUGGUCGUCCCGGCCAGUACCCUCCCUAUGCUGGUCAGCAGGGCGGCCGUGGCGGCAUGCCUCCCCAGCAGAUGCCCAUCUACCCCAUGGGUGCUUUCCCUCCCAACUUUGCCCAGCCCAAUAACCCUCAGUUCCUUGCUGCCAUGCAGCAGAUCCAGGCUGCUGCUAUCCAAGGUGGCCGUGGCGGUCCUGGCCCUCGUGGCGUGCAGGGCAUGCCUCCUCAGAUCCCCGGUGGCCCCGUCGCCGGCUUCCCUCCCAACGGCAGAUCCCAGAACGGCAUGGGCCGUGGUGCCGGUGGCAACCGCGGUGGCUUUGCCGGCGGCCGUGGCGGUGCUCCCUCCGCUGGUCCCGCCGAUGUGAACAUCGCCGCUGUUCUCCACACCCAGCUCGCCGCUGCCGCGUCUCCUGCCCAGCAGAAACAGAUCCUCGGCGAGAGCCUCUUCCCCAAGAUCCAGGCCAUCCAGCCCGAGCUUGCUGGCAAGAUCACCGGCAUGCUCUUGGAGAUGGAGAACCAGGAGCUCAUCAACCUCAUCGAGGAUGAGGCUGCUCUCAACGCCAAGGUCGGCGAGGCCAUGAACGUCUAUGACGAGUACGUCAAGACUCAAGCCACUGGCGAGGUCAAGGGUGAGGAGCCCAAGGCCGAGGAGAAGGCCGAGGAGAAGGCUUAG